AUUAUCAAGAAAAACAGGGACCCACGUACGCAAAUCACUGUCGAUAAAAAAACAUUGUAAAAACGAUGUUGUUGUUGCUUCCUCUGUUUCCGGACCGUUAGUCACGACAUCCUCAUAAUCCCCCCGCACAUCUCGCAAAAACCGAGGAGGGAGGACGACCGGCUCAUUGGGACAGCCACCCAAAUAUGGCCGCCUCUGUUUUCUCAAUUUUUUUGGCAUCGAGAAAAUGACUUCCUUAAUGCUGUAGGGGUGCCCUUCCCUUCCCCCUUAUCGACCCAUCUCCCGAUCUCCGCCGUUCGAUCCCUCGGCGAUCUCCCCCCACAUUCUCCGAUCGAUCGAUGCUGGCGGGAUUUGGUGGUGGCGAUAAAUGGGUUGCAUCAGCUCCAAGCGGGCGGCUGCCUCGGCGUCUCCUUGUUACGAGUACUCGGCCGCCGUCGCCGGCAAUGGCUCCGUCCUCCUCGAGCCCUCUUCGUCCUCCUUAAAAAAGAACAACUCCGCCUCCGCUGCCAGCAACAGCAACAACGUUAGCCGAUCCAAAUCCAAACCAAAGUCCAAAUCGAACUCUUCGGAAUUUAAGAAGAGUGGUAGCAAGAGGGAACCACAGAAUCAGAAUCAUCGUCCGGGCGACGUGUCGGAGGAUCGGAGUGUCGUUGGCGGCAGACAGUCGAAGAAGAGCAGGAAGGAGAAGGAGGGGUCUUAUCACAGCCAUAAUAGUCACAAUGGCGGGAAAGGUAGUGCCUUUAGCUUCAGAUUGGGUUUUUCAAGUCGUUCUUCUUUGGAGGCUGAGCAAGUCUCCGCCGGCUGGCCCUCUUGGCUCAGCGCCGCAGCCGGCGAGGCCAUAUACGGGUGGAUCCCCCUCAAAGCUGAUGCUUAUGAGAAGUUGGAAAAGAUUGGACAAGGUACGUACAGCAGUGUGUUCCGAGCAAAGGAAGUGGAAACUGGGAGGAUUGUUGCACUCAAGAAAGUACGUUUUGACAAUUUUCAACCGGAGAGUAUUAGGUUUAUGGCUAGAGAGAUCAUGAUUCUUCGCAGGCUUGAUCAUCCGAACAUCAUGAAACUGGACGGAAUAAUAACAUCUCGAUCAUCAAAUAGCAUAUACCUUGUAUUCGAGUACAUGGAGCACGAUCUUGCAGGACUUGUAGCUAGUUCCGAGAUCAAAUUCACUGAUAUGCAGAUUAAAUGUUAUAUGAGGCAGCUAUUUUCCGCAGUCGAGCACUGUCACUUAAGAGGUAUUAUGCAUAGAGACAUCAAAGCCUCCAAUAUUUUGGUAAACAACGAAGGGAUUCUGAAGUUGGGAGAUUUUGGAUUGGCGAAUGUCAUUAACUCAAAGAGCAAGCGACCGCUGACCAGUCGGGUGGUGACCUUGUGGUACCGUCCUCCUGAACUUUUGAUGGGGGCAACUGAGUAUGGAGUUUCGGUGGAUCUCUGGAGCGUGGGCUGCGUAUUUGCAGAGCUGUUUCUAGGAAAGACUCUCCUUAAAGGAAGAACUGAGGUCGAACAAUUGCACAAAAUUUUCAAGCUUUGUGGUUCACCGCCUGAAGAAUACUGGAAAACGUCAAAACUUCCUCACGCAACUAUGUUUAAACCACAGUACAACUACGAAAGUUCUCUUAAGGAGAGGUGUAAAGAGUUUCCAACUACUGCACUAGACAUGUUAGAGAAUCUCCUUUCCGUAGAACCUUACAAGCGCGGGACUGCCUCCUCUGCCCUAAUGUCCGAGUACUUCAAAACAAAGCCUUAUGCCUGCGAUCCGUCACAUUUGCCAAAGUAUCCUCCUACCAAAGAAAUGGAUGCUAAAAAUCGGGAGGAAUCACAAAGGAAAAGACCUGGUAUUCGAGCACGAGAGACAACAAGGAAACCAAGGAGAGUCCGUAAGGCCUUGCACGAGUCAAAUGGUUCCGCUAAAGUGGCACCAAAAGAGGAUGGGCAAGACGAUCAUACUCAAUCUGCUCGUCGAAUCAAUGGUGGUAACCCGUUUAUCCCAAAGGCGAAAGGAGGGCUUCUGCGCCGAGAGUCUAAUCUAAAACCGCAAUUUGAUACAGUUUCGGAGAAUUGCGAGUUGAAUGCAUCACAAGGAUACAGUACAUUGUCUUCCGUACAAACCUCAGCAGCAAGCGGCUUUGCAUGGGCAAAAAGGGGAACAGAGGAUGGUACUAAAUCUGCAGUUUCAGAUGGCUCGAAAAGCCAGUUCAGUGCCCUCGAUGCAAACUUCGCAAAGAGUACAUUUGACCUAAAACAAGGAUACAGAACUGGCAAGACUGCGAUACGAAAGCUUAGAACUUUCGACACGUCUGAACUUGCUAGUACAGGAGAGCCAGACGAUACAGGAAACGACAUGGAUUCCGUUGUGGAAGAGAACCGUGCCAUUGAGUUUUCCGGACCCCUACUUUCCCAACAGUGUGGAAUCGACGAACACUUGCAAAGGAACGAAAGCCAUAUACGCCAUGUAUCUCGAAGAUCAAGGUUCGAAAGAGAGGUAGAACCCCAACCUUUACAGGUGACCAUAUGAGACAGUGAUCCGUAAACUUGGUACAAAUAUUUGUAUUAUACCCGACAAUGGCAAAGGCGAUUACGUGUGAUGAAUCGAACUUAAUUUCCUCAAGAGAAACGAUGCAAGAGCAGGCAAUGCUUGUUGAAUCAAGCCAUCAAGCAUUGGAGCUCAGAAGACAUUUUUCUCUUGCCACAUUAUUUCAUGAGUCGCGUACACUCUGCGCCCUAAAUCAAAGAAAAUCGAACUUCUUUAUACAAAUUUGUGCAACACCACCAUCGGGCAUUUUUAGUGAACAUCUUGGCAACCCCAAUCAAUUUUUUCACAAAAGCGAGAACUCUGAGCCUUGAACAGUUUGCCACUUCCAUUUUUCAAGUGCUGCAGAUUUUUUUUUUCUUGAAUUAUUUGAUGGGCAUCAUGAAAUUUCAUUUAUUUAAAUGCAAAUAUAAUAUUAUGUUAAAGUCUACAAACAACUAUUCUGUUUUAUUUGUUUGAUUAACGAUGUGAUAUCUCUAAAUUA